AUCUCGCGAGCUCGGUAUCCGGGUACCUGCCGCACCUCCAUCAGCAUUAGCCACUUUCUGCUCAGUCAGACAACAUUCCGCUUCCUCAACCUCUCCGUGACUGCGCCGUGGACCUUUAAACCAAACAAGGACUCAAAGAUGUCUCCGAAGAUCAAGGCCGGCUCUGUGGUGGAGAUGCAGGGGGAUGAGAUGACUCGGGUCAUCUGGGAGCUCAUCAAGGAGAAGCUCAUCUUCCCGUACCUGGAGCUCGACCUGCACAGCUACGACCUCGGCAUGGAGAACCGAGACGCGACGGACGACCGGGUGACGGUUGAGGCAGCGGAGGCGGUGCGCCGUUACAACGUGGGCAUCAAGUGCGCCACCAUCACGCCGGACGAGAACCGCGUGGAGGAGUUCAAGCUGAAGCAGAUGUGGCGGUCGCCUAACGGCACAAUCCGCAACAUCCUGGGAGGCACGGUGUUCAGGGAGGCCAUCCUCUGUAAGAACAUCCCCCGCCUGGUGCCCGGCUGGAUCAAGCCCAUCAUCAUUGGCAGACACGCCCAUGGAGAUCAGUACAAAGCCACAGACUUUGUGGUGCCCGGGCCUGGGAAAGUGGAGAUGACCUACACUCCCACCGACGGAGAGCCAGUCAAAUAUGUCAUCCAUGAGUUUGAGGGCACAGGUGGCGUUGCCAUGGGGAUGUACAACACGGACAACUCCAUCAAGGACUUUGCCCACAGCUCCUUCCAGAUGGCUUUGACCAAAGAGUGGGCCCUGUACCUCAGCACCAAGAACACAAUCCUGAAGAAGUACGACGGUCGCUUCAAAGACAUCUUCCAGGAGAUCUACGAGAAGGAAUACCGUGCCAAGUUCGAGGCCAAGGGCAUCUGGUACGAGCACCGUCUGAUCGACGACAUGGUGGCCCAGGCCAUGAAAUCUGAGGGAGGCUUCAUUUGGGCCUGCAAGAACUACGACGGAGACGUACAGUCGGACUCCGUGGCACAAGGCUACGGCUCCCUGGGUAUGAUGAGCAGUGUGCUGAUCUGUCCUGAUGGACGCACAGUAGAGUCUGAGGCCGCCCACGGCACAGUGACUCGCCACUACAGACAACACCAGCAAGGGAAGGAGACCUCCACCAAUCCCAUUGCCUCCAUCUUUGCGUGGACGCAGGGCCUGCUCCACCGGGCCAAGCUGGACAACAACACAGAGCUGCGGGUGUUCUCUGAGGCUCUGGAGGCCGUUUGCAUCGAGACCAUCGAGGCUGGUUCCAUGACCAAGGAUUUGGCCAUCUGCAUCAAAGGCCUGCCAAAAGUGAAGCGCUCCGACUACCUGAACACCUUUGAGUUCCUGGACAAGCUGGCGGAGAACCUGAAGGUUAAGCUGGCUAACCCGCCCAAACUGUGAUCUCACCUCCCAGCCUCAGCUAUUGAACACACACACACACACACACACUUGCAGACAUUAACAAUCAUGCACAUAGAGACAUCUCCACAGCUGCAGGAGUUGACACUGGAGCAGGGAGGGAGAGAGGAGUGUGUACCCGGGUACUCCGGAGAUCUACAGACAGAAACCAUGUCAUUCCCUAAUCCGGGGCUGUGAUGGAGCAGGGGGCCUCGUCCGGGAGUAAGGGGGGUGGAGGUCUCUGAUCAGUGUCGGCCAUCAUCCCCCCCAUCAAUAGUAGGCGGCCAUACUCGUGACGGUGAAAACGCAUGCCGCAGACACUCGACUGACUUUGUUUACCCUAAUUGCACUAGGUCCCCUGAAGUGAGUGCGUGUUGUCAGUGUUUGUUGGUGAUCUGUGCAACCGACGGGACGGAAUCUGUCCGAGGGACCCUCGGGAUCCUCGCUGCCUUAUUAGUUUUGUAUCAAAGUCAUUGGAUGAUUCUUGUCGCCCUCUUUUGUCUCGCAAUGUUUUAACAAUAGCACAAGCUACUUUUUUAUGAUUUUAGAGCGUGCUGGAAACCACAGCGAGAGCACUGUCUGUCUCUAAUUUGAGCCGUCGGCACAGUCGGGGAUUGGCCGUGUUUUACUGUUGUGCACCACCAAACGCAUAAUAAAUAGUGGACGUUGUUAAUUUUAAAGGACUUACAAUACAUUCCUUUUAGAUUUUGUUCGCUUAUUUAUGUUACUUAUCAGUUGUUUAAGAGGUGUGUGUGUGUGUGUGUGUGCGUGCGUGCGUCCAUCCAUCCAGUAUGUUCCGCCUAGAAGGUCUUCAUCAAGUCUGUUGGUUUGUAAUCAAUAUUAUCCCUGUUGAGUCCUAAUAUAUAACUCACAAUAAAUGAGUUUUUUAAGAAA